AUGAGUGACAUAAGCGUUUACACAAUUCCGGAAGCGAGGCCUUUUAAGCCGUUAGAAGUAUUCGAUGACUAUUCUAAACGUCGCGAAUUACAAAAGACUGCCACCAAAUUGUUGGAAUCAGAUUCUUUUGAAACUGCUGUUAAAUUACCUGCUGGUGUCAGUUUAAAUGAUUGGUUAGCAUUACACUGUUUUGAGUUUUACAAUCAAGUGAGCAUUCUAUGGGGAACUUUUGCACCCUGCACUCAUGAAGAUUGUCCGAAAAUGCGUGCUGGCUCAGCAUUUGAAUACACUUGGGAAGGAAGCAGUCAACAAUCUACCUCUGCUCCAGAUUACGUAGACCGUAUGAUGACAUGGAUAAAGGAUCAAUUAGAAGACACGAGUACAUUUCCUCGUACAAUAGGUAAAUCAGAUUUUGUUGUGUUUUUACGUCAACAUGCAUUUUUCAAUAAUUUAUCUUGGUUUUUUGGUGAACAACAAACAGAAUCCGAAUAUCCUGAACAAUUUCAAAAAAUUGUCAAAAUAAUUUUUCUUCGUCUUUUCCGUGCUUAUGCUCACUUAUAUUUGGAACAUGUUUCAAUUGUUAUUGAAGAAGAUGGAUUUCCAUAUCUUAUUUAUAGUCUAAAACAUUUUUUUAAUUUUGUUAUUGAAUUCAAAUUGAUUCAAAAAGCUGAUAUGAAGCCAUUAGGUAGUGUUUUUAAUUCUUUUUAA